GCGUCGAGGCAGGUUUAAAGCCGUCGAUGGCACGCGGUGGCUGCUCACUUCCUGGUUGAAGAUGGCGGAUGAGAAUGAGACAGCACCGAUGCCGGAGAAAGAAGAUGUAGAGGACCACGGACACUGCAGCGACUGUGAAAACGAAGAGCACCACUUCGACGAUGGUGACAGGGGUCUGGGCGACGACACCGGCGCCAAGAAGAAGAAAAAGAAGCAGAAAAAGAAGAAGAAAUCCGCUGCCACAGAAGCCGCUCAGGACCCCCUCGCCAAGGUGAAUUCGUUGCCAGCUGAUAAGCUACAGGAGAUCCAAAAGGCCAUUGAACUGUUCUCUGUAGGCCAAGGUCCUGCCAAAACCAUGGAGGAGGCAACUCGGAGGAGCUACCAGUUCUGGGACACACAGCCUGUGCCCAAGCUGGGGGAGACCGUGACAUCACAUGGCUCUAUUGAACCUGACAAAGACCACAUUCGUGAGGAGCCCUACAGCCUCCCGCAGGGCUUCAGCUGGGACACCCUCGACUUGGGGAACCCUGCUGUGCUCAAGGAGCUCUACACGCUUCUCAAUGAGAAUUAUGUUGAAGAUGACGACAACAUGUUCCGCUUUGACUACUCCCCUGAGUUCCUGCUCUGGGCCCUGCGGCCUCCUGGCUGGUUGCCCCAAUGGCAUUGCGGAGUGAGGGUUAACUCCAACCAGAAGCUUGUAGGCUUCAUCAGUGCCAUUCCCGCCACCAUCGGUAUCUAUGACAUAGAAAAGAAAAUGGUUGAGAUCAACUUCCUCUGCGUCCACAAGAAGCUUCGCUCCAAACGAGUUGCUCCGGUUCUGAUUAGAGAAAUCACCAGACGGGUCAACCUGCAGGGUAUCUUUCAGGCGGUCUACACUGCUGGAGUGGUUCUGCCUAAACCUGUGGGCACAUGCAGGUACUGGCAUCGCUCGUUGAACCCACGCAAGCUUAUCGAGGUGAAGUUCUCCCACCUGAGCAGGAACAUGACUAUGCAGCGCACGAUGAAGUUGUACCGUCUGCCUGAGGCGCCUAAGACUCAAGGUCUGCGGCCGAUGACAAAGAAGGAUGUGCCGGUGGUGCAUCGCCUCCUCCGUGAGUAUUUGAGCCAGUUCAACCUGGUGCCCGCCAUGAACCAGGAAGAGGUAGAACACUGGCUGCUGCCCCGGGAGAAUAUUAUCGACACUUACCUGGUGGAGAACGAUGGCAAGGUGACUGAUUUCUUGAGUUUCUACACACUGCCCUCAACCAUUAUGAAUCACCCUGUGCACCGCAGCCUAAAGGCAGCGUACUCCUUCUACAACGUGCACACCACCACCCCCCUGCUCGACCUGAUGUCUGACGCCCUCAUCCUGGCCAAAUCGAAAGGGUUUGAUGUCUUCAAUGCACUGGAUCUAAUGGAAAACAAGACUUUCUUGGAGAAGCUUAAGUUCGGCAUCGGUGAUGGAAAUCUACAGUAUUAUCUGUACAAUUGGAAGUGUCCCAGCAUGGGGUCAGAAAAGGUUGGGUUGGUGCUGCAGUGACACCCCUUUUACGCCAUACACGAGUGUCACCGACAGGCCAGGAGAGACCACACCAUCGCACUGACCACCUGACAGAUGGACUGAUGACUUCCUGCUUCAGGAAAGGAAAAAAACCCACCGCCCAUUUUUACUUUUUGACCUUUUGAACUUUGACCUGCACUACCGCUGCCAGGCAGGGAGGCAGGGGGAGUCUUCCUGCUCUUCCUCCUCCCUCGAUCACAUGGACCUUAAGCCAUUGUAGUUACCAUCCCAAACAACUGUAUUUCAUCUGAGAGCUGUCUUGAUUGUACCAAACGCACACACACACAGACACCCACAUACAUACACACAAGAACAGUUUGCACAGAUUACUGUAUACCAAACACUCACUGUUGGCAUACCUACAAAACAUACAAGACAUGUAAAUAAUAUCAAACAUGACUGCGGAUUAUGCCCCAACACAUCCAGACUAGAAUCUACUGUUUGAUUUUAUUAUCAUAAAUGUUGGAAGUGCUUUUUGCAAUUAAAAUAAAUCUGUCAUCCUUCAGUUUUAGAGAUUAAAAAAAAAAAAAAAAUCAAAAUGAUCAAAAAAUAUUUUAAAGAGGAAAAGGCUCAAAAAGGUGAGGUAAUAAAUACCAAAAGUGGACACCAGAUAAGGGCUUCUGUUAAGAUUUCUCUCGUCAUGCUUGACCCCGUCUGUCUGUUUUAUUAUUUUUCUCAUCAAACCCUCCGUUCUGCCAGUCACCACGGAGCUGUUUAAGCACUGCUUGAAGAAGAUGUUCAUGCCACAGUUGGCAUACAUCUUCUCGUCUGUGCUAACUUUCAUGACCCUCCUCCAGCUUGCUGCACUAACAGAAGACACCCUUGAAACACAGACUGAUAACAGUGGGUCCAAGUCGGUUCAUCAGAGUACGAAUCGCUGUGGACGAGGCUUCCACACAAGGCUGAAGGUGUUCUGGCGGGUUUACUCAACACAGCAGUGGUCAGAAUUGUAAUGACACCUUGAUUUAACUGUUCCCCAGUUUCAAUAUCCACCCUACUCAAACUCUGAAAGAGCAUAGGUUGAAAUCAGAAGUCGGAUAUCUUUGAGGGCACGUUGGAAGUCUUUUUGAGCUAAUUAUACAAUCUUUGCUUGAGUGAAUCACACAGGAAGUCUUAAAAAUAGUAAAAUUAAUAUAAAAAAGAAGAAGAAAAGCUGAAUACUGAACAGUGAAGUCUAAGUUUACAUGCACAUGGUACAUACUGUGUUAGUUCUUUGCCGUAUGAAUGCAUGAUCAUUGUUUUUGUCUUAUUUCAUGAAAUGUCACUGAUAUUAUGCUUCCAUAAGCUUUUAUAAGGAAGUGACAACAAACACAAUGGUGUUAACUGACAGGAUAUGAAAUACGAGCUUUGCAAGUAGCAUUUCAUCUCGAUACAGCGUUUGGAGUGCUACGCUGAUGAUGUGGGUGGUGUUGGUGUGUUAAAGUCUGAGGGUUCAGGGUGGAUGUUGGAACUGAGCAGCAGUCUAGACUUUCAGGACAUUGUGCCGGCCGGGUGGUGGUGGUGGUGAUGAUGAUGACUGAGGGGUGAAUGACUCUUGGCUCUUAAAGUGUUUCUUAUGUAAAAUGUUGAAUCUCUUUGCAAACAGAUGUAAAAGAAUUAGUAGGUCUCAUGGUGUUAUGAUGCAGGAAAAGACUGUGAAGAUGCCGGUGAUUUUUUUUUUUUUUUUUUUUUUUUUUUUU